UAUAACGCAACGUUUAAUUUAUAGUUGCAAUAAACUCGUCUGAAUUCUUAGCGUCUGCCGGCCAAUGCCCGAUGCUGAAUCACGCAGCUUUUCAGAUGUAAAAAAAACAACGGCGCUUGCGUUAUACGUCUAUGUGACUGCUCUGUUUCUCUGUAUAAAUUUACUGCGUGCUGGCUCUUUCAUUCCUUUGUGAAGUAGCAUAUCCAGCGGCUCGACAUACAUAUCUCUUUGAGUUUCUACUCUAGGAACGUAUCAGUGAGUUGCUCGAUGAUUCAAACAAAACGUCAGUAUCGUCAACUUGCGUGCAUUCGGUGAAUUUCGUGAUGCUUCAGUGAUUAAUGGAGAAGGGACAGCUUUACCUUGAAUCUUCGUAAUAAGUAACGUGAUCGAACGUAGCGUUGUAAAUUAUCCUUUGGUAAUAUUGAUCUUGUACGUUAGAUUUUUUUGAGAAAUAUUUUAAAUAAGACGAGUAGGGUGUGGUGACAGUGCUUAUUUAUAGAUUUUGAUAAACAUCCCCUCAAACACUUUGACGAUGUCUCUGUAUCCAUCUUUGGAGGAUAUGAAGGUGGAUCAUAUGAUGAAGGCUCAGCUGCAUGCUGAAUAUCAGUAUGCGGCUCAAUUGCCUAAAGUUGAAGCACCUGCUGAGCCAUCUGCUCCAUCGUAUACGGCUGCUUCUUCUGUACAGCUCUACCCUUUCCUGGGAGAUUACAUGGGUUUGGAAUUGAGCGAAGAAAUCAUUGCUCAGAAUAUGCCUGAAUAUGCAGUUGCUACCAGGCCACCCAUGGGUAUUGAGGUACCGACUGCACAAUCUGGACCACUUUAUGGAAUGGUUGCUCCAUUAUCAGGACAGUCUCUAGGGUUACAAAGAGCUCAAGUUACUAAUGGUAUCAGAGAGCUCAUAUUGUGCAAGGACAAAGAUGGUAAAGUGGGCAUUAGGGUACACUCUGUUAACAACGGAGUGUUUGUAUGUCUAGUGAGUAAUGGAUCUCCAGCUGCAUUGGUUGGAUUACGUUUUGGUGAUCAAAUUCUUGAAAUUAAUGGAGUGUCUUUGGCUGGAUAUUCAAUGGAUAAAGUACACACUCUGCUUCGUAAGGCUCCUGUCAAUGGUAUCAAAAUAGUUAUCAGAGACAGACCAUUCGAGCGAACAAUAACUAUGCACAAAGACAGUCAUGGUCACAUUGGAUUCCAAUUCAAAAAUGGGAAAAUCAUAGCAUUGGUCAAAGAUUCCUCUGCUGCUAGAAAUGGACUGCUUACAGAUCAUCAAAUCUUGGAAGUGAAUGGAAAGAACGUAGUGGGCCUCAAAGACAAAGAAAUUACUACGGAAAUAGAUAACGGUGGAGAUGUUAUUACAAUCACUGUCAUUCCUUCCUACAUAUAUGACCACAUGAUUAAGAAAAUGUCAGGUAGUCUUCUCAAGACGUCAAUGGAUCAUUCGGUACCGAAUUUAUAAAGAAAGGAAUUCGAUGUAAAUUUUCUCUCAACAUUGGUCUACCUAAUAUUCGUACACUAAAAUGCCACCAUUACAUUUAAUCUUUUCUAUUUACGAUUCAAUUAUAAUAAGUCAUCCUGAUACAGGACGUCUUGGGUUGGCUUGGAUCCAAAGGACGACGUGAACAAUUUCGGAUAACUGGGAUGAAGUGAUAAACGAAAAGAUGAGAUGAUAAAUUAGAGAGAAUGAUAAAGGAAAGAUGAUUGAUGUGAUCGUAAUAUUUCAUGAAUCUAUGUGCCAGGUCAUAGGAUGACCCUUUAAUCAAAAUUAUAUUUUCUGGUAGAAUAUUUUUUUACUCGACGUAAAUGUCCUAUAGAAAAAUUAUCAACAGUUUUAAAAUUCGUAUAAUUAUCUAUCAGUGGUAUUCACCUUGAUACUUUUUCUCGUUGUUUAAAUCUUGAUUAUUGUGAUAACAUUAUAUUUACCGACUGCGUAAUUGACGCUUUACGAUGCCACAAAUAAUGAAACGAACAACAAGCAUUCUGUAUUUUAUUAUGGAACGUACACACAUUAGUACAAGUGUGGACUGGAUAGAUUUUUUAUUGCUUAGUUGCUAGUUUACAUAAAGGAUCGUGUUUUAUAUUAUUAGAUAUUUCUACUGUGCCACUAUCUUUACUAGAAUGUGUUAUAUCUAGGGUAUAAGAAACAAAAUGUAUAUCAUAUAUGUAUUUUAUAGAAUCUAUGCUGUAUAGCAGCAAAUGUCAUAUCGAGCAAAAUAUAAUUAUACCAAUUCAUGAAA